GCUGUAUACUGUAAUAGCAACAUCUGCAAAAUACAUUGAUUGCAAAAUCUUUAAAAAUGUCUCGUUUUGGUCUACGAAGUUGUUCAGAUGGUUUAAAACUUAUAGAGGACAAAAACAAUCGUCGUAAAUCUUCUAACCCUAUAUCAAUAUCUACAAAACGUAUUGUACCACAAAAAGAAUUGAAAUUCUCAGCACACGUCAAUAACAAUGAGGACAAUUUUAUUGAUGAUAUAAAAAUCGAGUCGGAUGAAAUAGAAAAGAUUUCUGAUACAUCUGAUAAACUGGCGAAGAAUAAGAAUCCUGGAGGAAUUGGUGAAGAUGACGACGAUGAUGAUGAAGAUAAUAACAAUGACAACGACAACGAUAUUGACGAUGAAGACAAUUACAGACAACAAUCUCCUGUUUGUAAAGGAACACUUAUCUGCAGUUUACCGUUAGAUCGCAUCAAUGAGAUUAUAUUGAAACUAAAUUUAAAUAAAUCGAAAAUUGAGCAUGAAAAGGAAUCUGAUGAAAUAAUGAUUGAGGAGACGUUGGACAACGACGACGAUGAAGAGGAUGAUGCCAACAUAUCAAAACAGUACGCUUCGAAUAUAAAGAAUCUUUGUUUAUACUGUGAUAGGAAGUUUUCAUCUCAUAAAAUGCAAUUGAAACACGUCGACAAAUUCCAUUGCUUGCAGCAGGACCGGCGUUGCAGUGGCCGAAAGGCUCAGUUGCAACAACAAUCGCAGGUAGUUCCGAGAAAGCGCAAAUCGGCCAACGGCUCACAAAACUUUCCAGGUUGCAAUUUUUGUCAAAAAAGCAAAGGUCCUUUGCAACCAGUUAUAUUACCAGCAACGGAAUUAAGUUCAUUGUUUCUUCACUUAACCGACUGCCAUACAGAUAAAUAUUUCGGUUGCAAAACGUGUGUUAUAAGAUUUCAAAAUAUUUCUAAGUUAUCUAAGCAUAUGGAAAUAGUGCAUAAAAGUUUGCCAUUCGCCUUCGAUGAAAGCAGCAGUAAAUCAAAGGAUAAUGAUACCGAUUCAUUAGUUUCCAUUGACAAGUUAACUAUCGGAGAGAGAAGCAAGUUAUCUUUAAAACGGCAGCAGCGUUCACAAAAGUCGUUAAAUAGUUGUGUGACAGCCAGUGGAAGCAACGUUGCUACAGUUAGUUCUACAUCUCAGUGCAGCACUGCCAUAGCACCGAAUACGUCUGUAAUCGGUGCAGAAGAGCCGAUACUAUCCCGCCUAGGAUUGACUCAAAAUCGUUUACCGAAUAAUCGUAAAGGAGUUCGAUUGCGAAGGGAAAAACUACUUCCAGAGAUGCUCCUAAAAUCCGAACAAAAUCACACAUCAUCAACUAAUUUUGCAUUUGGCCAAACUACCUCCAUAUCUGCCUCUUCCACCUCCUCCUCCACCUGCUCACCGAAAUUACGUGGCAAAUCAAUAAAAGGGAUUAGUGGAUUUUCCGGCGAUACAACUUCAGACGUUGUUUUUCGUGUACCCACACGCAAUGAUAUAUUGUCGUGUGUAUUUGAUGACAACUUCUACAAAGAAGUUGUUUCGAACGUACGCAAUAAUUUACUCUUCCAUUUAGAUGGUAAACUUAUGGGGAAUUCGAUGCAUGAACUAGAUACAUCAUUGAUCCGUCACACUCAUCAACCUCCAAUACGAAGUACACUAGUCAAAAGCCCGAUUGUUGUUACGACUAUGGAUAGUGAAAUUCAUGCUGCAACAAGCCUUGCUGCUAUUACAGCAUUUCCGACGCUAUUGACUGCCGAACAAUUUGGUGGUGAUGCCAGUUCAGCAAAGAUUCGUCGACCUCAUACUAAGAACUCGUGGAAGUGGAAGUGGGAUAGUGUUAAAAAAUUUAAACUUAUCAAUGAGGGUGGAAAAAUCGUUAAGAAAAUGAAACAUCCCAUGCUGGGGUUGCGCGACCUUUCCAAACUGGAUAUGUGGACCCAGUUGACUAUGCGGCAAAAACAUGAGUUACAGCAACAACAAAAAGUUAACAUAACACUAGGUGAACAUCAUUGGCAUCAUGUAACAGCGGCUACAGACAUUUCAACCGACCAAUCGCGCGAAGAAAAACAAAGACUCAACGAUCAGCUAAACUUUAUAUUAGACAUGCGCCUUUUGCCGCACAUCAUACUUGAACAAAACGAACAGGCCAUCAUAAAGCUAGAGAAUGACGAAUUUGGCAUAGCUCCCACCCAAAUGGUGAGUGAAGACUGCGGUGAUAGUUUUAUGGCACAAACUUUUGCCGACGAAAGCUUCCUCUCUAUGCUUAAUCUUCUGCCAAAUUAUGACACCCAAAAUACUCGCACAAAAUUGGUGCUAAGCGGAGAAUGGGCCAGACCACGCUGCUAUCUUUGCAUUUGUUGUGGAGCUAAAUUCGAAAAACUGAAAUCGUUAGAAGAACACAAAAUGUUUCGUCACUCGCAAAUUCUUUCGACUCAUUAUGAGGUCGUUGGUCGGGAAUUAUUAAAUGGAAAUCUAUUGCGUCAUUUAUUUAUACCGAAGAAAGCUCUCAGUCGCUAUGGCAAUGAUAGUGACAACAGUUUGAUAUACAGCGGUGCUGCUCGUCGACUAUUCUGGCAUAAAAACGAAACGCUUAUUCGUGAAAUUACCAAUAACGAGGAGUCCUCAGACAGUUUGCAAUCGGUGCUUCAUAGUUGUGCGACAAACUCACCAAGUCUCAAGAAUAGCAGCAGUAGUACUGAAGACUGUGACAUUGAUUCAAAAUUGUCAACAACAGCUGCUCUUCAACUGAUUGGAGACGCAACAGUCGUCUCACCAACGCACAGUAUUCAAUCAUGUAGUUCAUCUUCAUCAACACGCGUUAAAAGACAACUGAAAAUUCAAACUAGUUCACGGUCAUUGCCAAUGGUAAAUACGAAUGCUAAUAGUAGUAGUACUAAUAGUAGCAACGUCAAUGGAUCCGGUUGCUCUAAAUGUGGUCGCAAAUGUAAUGGUGUUCUCGAUCUGUAUCGUCAUAUGCUUGACUGUUCUGGCGAUUACAUUUGGUCUCUAGCAAAGAAACGAAAAUACCGCUACUAUUGCGGGUCGAAAAAACGGCGUCCCUGCAACAAGCACAGUAUUUUGGAAUUAAGAAAAAAUAAGAGCAAAACAUCUAAAACGCUAUCAAUUUCAAAUGAUAACACUACCGAAGAAGGUGCAGUAUCAUCAUCGAAUUUUACGAAAACCAAAUCAUCCCCUCGAUCUCGUCCAAGUGAUGCUGAAUCCAUCAAAAAGAUGUUGGAAAACUUGCCUCCAAAACGUAUAUGCAAGAAAAUAUUUCCUACUCUAAGUAAGACUAAGAAAUCCAUCAAAAAUAUAAAACCCAAAUUAUUAGCUAAGCACAAGAUUUACAAUAGUUUGAGAAAGACUCGUGUACGACAAAUGUCGCAAGCAGCUAAAAUUUUAUCAAAAACCAAAUCACAAUUAAAAAAACCUAAGAAAAUGGCAACUAGAUCAACCGCAUCGACUAUAAAAUCUAAAGCUGCUAAAAAUAGAAACAUCAAAAAUAAGAAAGCUAUUAAAAUGGCAAUGAAGAAAAGUAUUGAAGGGGAAAUCACUGAAAAACCACAAUCCAGUGAAGAAAAUAUUAAGAAUAAUAUUCAUGAAACAUUUACAGAUGAAGUGGAUCAUUGUAAUAUUAAGACGGAGAAUGAACACGCAAAAGAUACUAUGAUAAAGGAGAUUGAUAAUUCUGUUAAACCUUCCGAAGUUGAAUCCAAUGAUCAGAUAUUGAAAAAUUCAAGUGAUUUGUUAAUACCUGAAAAAUCAAAACAAAGUAAUGAAGAAUUGUCUCAAGCUGAGAAAUCAGAUUCAAUUGAUACAGCUACUAAAGAAACAAGCGAACCUAUUCUAAAUGCUAACCAUAUUACUAUGAAUAAUGAAGUUCCAAUGGAAAUUCAAGACAAGACGAAAUCUAUUAGUAAAGUGGUAGGAACUAACAUAAUAGUGCCGGCUGAAUCUGAACGUAAUACUCAAAUAAUUACUAAAAACGUUAAGCGGAGUAAACGUAUCAGUGAUUGCAUAGCAAUGUUAACUGGGAAGCUGGAAGAAAAACUUAAAACAGAACAGAAUACACUAAUACCACCUCUCCAAGACAAAGUGACUGAUAGUGGUAUAAAGCUGCCUUUAAAAACGUUUCCGCCUCCUGCUGUUCCACCCCCUCUGCCAAUACAACAUCAACCGAUUUUUGCUUUGCCAAAACCUACUGAAGUCACAGCAUCCGGAAAGAGUUCUCCUAAAAAGACUCCAAAGCGAAAAGCUAUUUCCAGACGUAUUAUAAAAACAGAUGUGACGGAAAGUAUUCCAAUGCCUGUUGCAACGACAAAUUUUGAUAACAAAACUUAUGACAAUACGAAAAUUAUUAAUCCAGUUGAAAUAACUGCUCCUCCAAGAGACAUUUCGUUGACAAAGCCAUACACGUUACAACAGAUUUCAUCAACACAGCAAAGUGUAACAACAACAUCAGUAAAAAAUCUAUCUGAACUUGUGUUUUCACAAAUGGAAAAUAAACGGCUAUCAAAUUUUAUUCCUACAACAGUAGUGUCUUCAAUGCCUCCACCAGUUGUUCCUCCGACUGCAUCAGCAUUAAUGCCGAAGAUGCCGCUUUUUAUACCAUUGGAUAAUGUACGGCAACAGAUAGCGGCAUCCCAUAUUACGCCAAUGGGUAUACCUAUGUCAAAUUUGCCUGUACCCAUUUCAAUAGAAAAUGUAGUCCAAGCCACUCCCGGUUCCAUACAAACAACAGCAGUCGCAUUGACAAGCGGUAAUAUUAUGCCACCACCAGUCAUUCCUAUUAUGACAGCUGUUCCAGCCCACCUCGCAGCUCCUUCAGGACUUCAACUAUCUGUGCCAUCUUUUAAUACAACGAAUGCAGUUGCAGAACCAUUAAAUCUAUCCAAUUCCUCUAAAAACAUACAGAAGCAGAGUCAGGACUUAUCAUGUGCUGGUAAUCAACGUCUAAGUGGCAUGCCUGCACGUCGACAGACUAUUUGUGGCUUUGAGGUACGUAAUUUUGCAAUAUUUGAUGAAAUGGAGCCACUAGAUCUUUCAAAAAAACCACGUCCAGAGAAAAUUCAUUCUGCUGCCCCUUUUCCACCUAGACAUAUAGAAAUGGCUUCUCUCUUAUUGCCCCCACAACUUCAUGGCGUAACAAGUGAGUCGUCAAUUCUGGCUAUGCCGCCUCUAACACCGGAAGCAUUGCUGAAUAAGCCAUUCUACUCAAACCUAGAUCUUCUGAGAAUACCCCAAGUACGAAAUCCGGUAGCAGGUCAAGUGGCUGUUGUCACAAAUGAGCCUGUUCAACCACCUGUUGUUUUUAAUACCACUGCUGUUCCACAGCCCGCUAAGACAGUAAAUAAGAAACGAAAUAAACCAUCAGCAUUACAGAUAGCAUCUAAUAUAAACGUGAUGCCAGUUGCAAGUACCGGUGAAGGUAUAGUUUUAAAUUCAAUCACAAAUAUUGCUAAAGGGAAUAAUGCCAAAGAUUUAAUAAGUACCACCACCAAAAAAGAAUCAUCUGCUAAGAACAAAAGCACUCUUCGUAUGGACGAAGAAGUUAUAAAUCAUAUAGAUGAUGCCAUUAACUCCGUGAUCAAUGCCGUAAAUGCAAGUAUGGACAGUGAAGAAGCCCAAAAGGCGCAGGAGAUGACAUUGCUAAAUAACCAAACGGCACCGCAGACUUCGAUUCAAAUUAAAACUACUGAUGAUGUUAAUGCUCCCAAGGAGUCAGUUGCUGAAUUUAAAUAUUUAACUGCUGCCAGACGAAACAUGCGAUCAAAAACGUUAGACUGUCGACCGGCGGCGCUAAACAAAGCAAUUGUGAAAAACCCUUCCGCCAAUAUUAUUCAACGACCAGAUGAUGCUACUGCUGUUCUCACUGCUACCACCACUACUGUCAUUACUACAGUUACUCCCAAUAAAUCAACGCCUAAGAAAAACAAUGAGAUCAUCAAAUGUUUGGGUAAUAAAAUACACAUAACUGAUUGCAGUACCCAAGUGACAAUAUCUGAAAGCGUUAAGGAUAAAAAGGAAACUAAAAAGAAUGAAAAUAGAGUAAAAGUCGUAGACUUGGAAUCAAAACUAUUGGAUAAGUCAUCUAAUGAAAAUAUGAAUGAUCAAAACAAAACCGCUGUCGAGGAUACAAUUGUUGAAAAACCUUUAACUUUAAAAACUGUUGAAAAUUCUAGCAAGGAGGAUGUUAUGCAAACAACUAAGCCAGUUGUAGAAAAUAUUGCAAUACCAGCAAUUAGUCAAGUAGAAGAACGAUUAAAUAAAACUAUUGUUAACUCGGUAACAACGAAUACUAUCAAUCUGGAUUUAGAACAAAUGAGUAAUAACAAUAAUACCUCAUCAGGAUUUCAUAGUUCAGCGCAAUCUGAUCAACAAACCUCUGUUAUGUCAACGACAACAUUGGCGGUAUCAGUGACUCCUGUAGCUGCCGGAAGCGAUACAAAGAAGAAACAAAGACGACGUCGCAAAAAUGAGUUGGCCGCUAUUGUGGCGGAUCAAUUACUGGAGAGUUUCAAGCUUGACAAAGCGCGUCGAGAUAACUUGAAAAAAUUGGAAAAUUUGGCUUACGAAAAAAGUGAAGAUCUUCUAUUGACUGGAAUGCUGUUGAUGUCAAGUACCAAAAGAAAUGUGGCGUCGUCUUCUACAAACAACAUUAAUGUCCCAACGGAGAAUAUAGAGAAUGUGGUUAGUGUAAAACGUACCGGAAAAUCUCAACGAAUCAAUCAAAGUAGUGAAGCUCAAAAGCAAAAUGAAGUUACGGCAGUUGAAAAUAAAACAGUUAAGGAAAGUCCAGAAAUAAUUGAAAAACCUGUGGAAAAUGAAAAGGAUCCAUUAGAUGUUGGUGAAUCUGUCGAUGGUAAAAAGAACAACAAGCGCCGGCAGUAUCGACGGCGCGGAAAAACGCUCGAUAAUGAGAAUAUAAGUAAACUAAAAUCAUCAUUGGAAUCAUUUUCUAUUGAUAUUGAACGGCAACUUACUGAAUAUGAAGCGAAAAAUGUUAAUGUGUUUAAAAAUGUUUCACCUAAUGAGGGCGCUAAGCAGUCAUGUAAUUCAAAGAACCAGACACCCACAAAUGUCAAUAAACCAUCUAUUAUUCUAAGACCAAGUAUUCUUUCCGUAACACUUGAGUCCGGCCCAAAUCAGGAGAUUCCACAAACCCCAACAAAAACUGUGACAAACGAUUCUAAUAAGACCGUGGUUUCAAGCAGAGAUCCACGUCUUAAUAAAAACAUUCACAAGGAAGGUGAGAAAACCACUGAACCCAUCAUAUGUGCUGACCCAGCUAAAGAAACUGUAUUAACUCCAAAAAAUAAUGCAGGUCCUGAGGAAAUAGGAGAUUUGGAAGAGGACAACUACUUAACGGAAAUAGCUAAAAACGUCAACGAGAAAAUAAUGUCAACCGAAAAUGAAGAAUUUGCAUUCAAGGACGACGGUUUUGAAAUGGUAAACGAUAUGGGAAUGGAUGAUUCGAACAGUAAAUUCUCAAGGCCACCCACGUCUAUGAGUGUUCGGAGUGCACCGAAUUUCAAUGACGAUCGCUCGAAUUUUGGAUCUAUUUGCGAUGAAAAUACGAACACCGAAGUUAUGGACAUGGAUUUGGACGAUGAAAUGAGUGUGUACACAAGUUAUUCCCAGGAUUUGGGACGUGGGCGUGGAAGAAGGCGGCGUCGUAGACGUAGUAUUUUGUUGACACGAAAACCCAAGAAAAGAGCGACCAGUCGUGAUAUGUCGGCUGAUAAAAUUGAGUGUAUUUUAUGCAAAAAGGUAUUUUACAGUGCCAAUUCUUUAUCAAAGCACAAUAUGACACUGGCCCACGUGUCAAAGGUUUCCGAGCAAGAGUAUUUACUAUCGAAAUCUCAAUCUAAUAUACCAAUUCUUACAAAUUCCGAAGAACUACAAACGUAUGGUUCUUUGGGACCUUAUGCAAGAAGAUCAACCAGACGAUCUACAAUAUCUGAGCCUCCCAUGCUAUCUCGCUGUGAAUCAAAUCCAUCUCCAUUGCCAUCUACACAGACUAAUGUAAUUCCGCCAUUAACAACUCAUCAAUUACCACAGGCGUUAACGACAUUUAAAUCCACCACACUAACAGCGCCAGAAACGAGCUGUUUGGUUCAAGAAGACUUGAAGCAAACUGAAACAAUUGUAGAUGCACCCAAGUCAACAAAGACUUUACAAAAACCCACCACAAAAGAUCAAAUUCCCGACAAUGAAUACGACGUUAAUAUUAGUAUCAAUACUGCAUACAAUGGCAACUCCCGUUUGAAUCUAAAUCCCGAUGAACGAUUAUUUUUUGAAUGCUGCAAUAUCUUAAAAAGUGCGGAAACUCCUCGCCUCAGUAAUGCUGUAAGCACCGGUGAAGAAUGCAACAUUAAUACUAAUUAUUCCUAUGCCUAUAAUCAUCAGGAAAAAUCAACAACUCACUCCAAUAUUAAUGUUAAUCGUCCACAUGCGAAUAAUUUGACCAUAGAGCCUCCUACCUCCAUGCGAACAUCUAAUAUACCUGCAAAUCAUCAUCAACUAGCUCCCCCGCAAUUGGCUAAUAAUAAUGUGCAUGCUAUAAACCUACCAACUCUGAUGGACCAACAACAAAUUUUAUUUAGAGAUCCGCAAUUGGUUAACCAAUCAAGUUGCUACAACAAAGGCCCCGUACAUGACAAUAGAAAUGCAAGAUCUCCAACUUACUCAGCAAUUUCUCAUUUAUCUGCUGUUACAAACACCACAUCUAGAUUUAAAACAAAGGCCGCCAUGAAAGGGUAUGAAAACGUAAACAUCGAUUUGAAUCAACAGCAGGAAUCGAAAUCUCGUACUAUAUGCAAAUUGACAGAAUUGGCAGAAAUAGCAUUGGGAAAUGAGGAGAAACCAAAUUCACAUGACUUUUCACCAAUUCAGAGUAGUUUAACUCCGCCGGAAGUGUCAUCACAUAUAAUCCAUCCGCACCAGACGCCAAAAAUUGAUAUGGACAAUAUAAUGUGUCCAAAGGGGUUGAAUAUGCCAGAGUACGUUACGACUACAUUAGUAACUGAAAACAUCAGAGAAUGUAAUGCCCAGAUGCCCACAAGAAGCGAACGUACGAAAAAUAACGAGACCCGAAGUUCAACUUCAUCGAAAACUAUUAUGCAUUCAUCGAUUAUCAAGGCGGCAGUUGAGGAGCAUCAGAAGGCUCACACAAGCAAUAAAAUAAUCAUUCCUGAUCGGCCGUUUAAGAACAUUGGCCUAGAGGAAAAGGAGACCAUCACUUUCCAGAAGCCUAAAGCUCCUGCUGUCAAUCUAUUAACUGAGGACAAUAACAGCGUGUCUACAGGAAGUUUCUCUGAUAGGGACGAUUAUGAUUUUGGUUCCCUGAGCUGUGACGACGAAGUGAGUGUACGUGAGAGCAACGAUAAAAAUCAGAAAAAUAAUACCUCCGAAUCUAGCUCGGAAUCCAGUCGAGCCACAGCGAAGACAUUUGAAAACAAAUCCUUAAUAAUGGGACGAAUUUUCAAGAAUGCCAGCACGAAAGCCGCCAUCAAAACUACUGCUGUAAAUACAGUAAAGGUUAAAAGUGUAGGUGUUCAAAAAGAUCAAACACCGGCACCCAAAGCAGAUCUAAAUCAAUUAUUCGAUGAAUUGCGUGGCAAUUCUAGAGUCGAUGGCAUUGUUAGCGACAGAAUUUCUAACCCAACUGCGAUUGAGAUUAGCCCAGUUGCUGGUAUACCUUCUGGAGGGAAUAGUCGAGCAAACCAUAAGCAAUAUCAACAGCAACGUGAAUGUUUAAAAUCUGUUAUUCCAGCAGCUUCUCCGCCGGCUGUAGUUAGUUCCACAACAGCAACACCGCCAACAAAUGUUCGAAAAACCAAGACAAAGGCAGUACGAGGUAAGUCAAAUGUCGCAACCAAAUCUCGUAAAGAUAUAUCAAAGUUACAAACAGAACUUGGAAUGAGUCCCGACGAAAUAAAGAAAUUAAUAGAUGAGGGUCAACGCAAAUCGAAACGUCGCUGUGCGACAAAUCGUCCAAAGAAAUUGGUAGAAAUGUGGAGUUCUGAUGAGUAUGAAGAAUUCCUUUCCACUAAAGACAUAAUCGCGCUAAUUGAAGAGAAAGAACAACAAGAAAAGCGUAAAAAACGCAAAAACAGUGUAAAUAUCUCAUCGAGUACAAUUGAAGUUGUAAAGGAAAAAGAAAUUCCAGACGUGACUUCAAGCACGAAAGACGUAAAACGUCGCAAUACUCGCCGGAUGAGUAUGGCAGCAGAACGUUCAGAAAAUGUUUUACUCGAUCGAGACGAAUUGCCUCUUAAAAAUACAAAAACUAAAAAAGCCAUUACUAAAAAGGAAGAACCUGUCAGUACAACCGCCAAUACCACAAAUGCCAGUGAAUUAGCAGCAGUAAGUAAAAAAAUCGAAAAAACAUUGCCCGAAAAGGGCAGGGGCAAAAAAGUAGCAAAGUUAACCGAAAUAAUAGAAUGCCCUGCAGUCGUACCAACAACAAACGAUAAAAAUAAUGUUUCGCGCAAAAAACGUUCAAAUAACAACAGUAGUGCCAAUAAAUCUAAGAGCAAGCUGGUGCAAAAAGCAAAACAAGCGGCAGCGGCCAAGGAGAGUUCUCGUGUAAAAUACAAAAAACGUCAAUUUGAAGACGAUGAGGAAACCAAUGAAGAUGUCAGUAUUGAUGAAGACGUGGACGACGACGAUGAUGAUGACUUCCUUAUAUCUGAAUUAAAAAAUAAACAAAAUAAAACACGCGGCGGUAAGGUAAAAAAUACAAAAACUGUAGCCGCUGCAUCAGCAGCCAUUGUGACGACUUCAACUGCUAACGUCAAGACAUCAACACAGGAAACCUCAGCUAAAAAACGGACUUCUACCAACAACAACAAUUGUAACAACUCAAAUAUUGGUGCUGGCAGCAGCAAUGUAAAAAAUCAACAACACAAUCAGUCGGCAGCAAAAACUAAACGCAAAAAUCAAUCCAAUCAAUCACCCCCGCGACGUAAACGUUUGGCAACUGAGAAGCUCUACUACUGGUCUUCGUCUAGUGAUGAGGAUUUCGGUCGCAUCAAUAACAACAAAAGUAAACACCAGCCACCUGAAAACUACGAGAACGCUGCUGGCGAGCAAUACCAAAAACACGGCUGGAUUGUAGGUGAUUCCCAUAAAAAAUUAGUAACACUUUUGGCCAUUGCCAAAGGAAACAAAAAAGUCGACUCAAACAGCGGAGUCAAAAAGAACAUUGGUAAGAAACGCAACUAAAACUGUAGUUAGUUAGUAUAUGUAGACCAAAAACUCAAACAAAAAAUCUGCAUCAAUUUACCUUAAUAUUUAUGUAUGUUGUAUAUGAGAUGACAGAUUUGAUUACAAUACAGUUACCAUAAGCAACAAUGUAUCUAUAAGUAUAAGUACAUAUUAUAUUUAAAAUUUAACGGUACACAUUAAAAUAUUAUAAACAUAUUAUAUAAAUACAUACAUACAUGUGUGUAUAGUAAUUAAUAUUAUAUUAUAUAUAUACAUACAUAAAAUAUAUUACAUACGUAGAUUUAACUCGCAUACUUACACUCUACUCAUACUAGUGAUAAAUUGUACUAAUCAACUAUAAUAGGAGUCAUAUUCUAACAUACUAAGUACUACUAAUUGAAAACUGUUUAUUAUUUCAAAAUCAUUUAAAAAGAUUUCAAAUGGAAAUUAUUAAUGCAUUAGUGCAUUUGUAAGGUUGCUGAACUAUUUAGAUCAUUCAAUUCUUAGCAGGAACAGCUGUAGUAUUCCUUAAAUAUAAUACUGUGACAUUACAAAACACUGCAGUAUCAAGCUUAGGGAAUAACUUGGUUGGUCCAAAAGGUUCCAUAAAAUGUUUUUUUAUUUUUUACUUUUAAGCUAGUACAAAAUGUCGUUGUCGUAAAAUGCCAUAAAUAUAAAAUAUUCAAUGAAAGGUGGUUUAUUCGUUAACAUUUCGCAAUGAUUUUCUUUUAUGUCGGUAAACUUUUUAAUAUCAAAUGUAAAGGUGGAAAAAAGUUUCCAUGGUUACAUACGUGACAGUGGCACACUUCAUUGAAAUACCAAAUUGGGAAAUAUUUAACUUUUUUAUCGAACUUCAUGGUCCUAAGAUACAUCAAUUACAGAUGGUUUUACAAAAACGCAAAACUGCGAAAUGUGGCAAAUUUUUUUGAUGAAACAUUAUUUAAUAAUAUUUAAACAUUUACCAUCAUAUUCUUAAUCAAUUUUUAAAAUUAUAAAAGGUUUAUAACCCUCCGUUAGUCGCAAUCAUUCAAUCGAGACUAGUCGCAAUGUAUCAAAUUGAUGUCAGUAAAAAAAGGCGCGUUUGAAAAUAAUCUCUUCAAUUUGUAUUUCGAAAACAUAAAAACAAUAUUAAAUGCAAUGUACAUAUUUAAAAGAGAAAUACAAAAAAAUUGCAGUAAAAAUAUUAUUUUAUCAAAAAAUAGCUUAAAAUUUAGGGUGUUUAAUUUACAAUAAAAAAAUGUUUGCCAGUAUCAACUAGUUAGAUUAGUUGCGAGUAAAGGAGGGUUAAAACAAAAUUUCCGUACAAAAUAACGUAAUUCUUGUCGUAGUAAAAUAGCAACAUAUUGACACAAAAUUUAACAAAUUGUGAACGAACCUUUUUGUUUUUUUUUAUCAACAAAUUCGAAUACAUUUUCUGCUUUGUAAUGCCGACUUCCGCGUCUUAAUUGAAUCUUUAUUGAUAAAUUGUAUUAUAUUACUAUUUUCUGUAGAAUCUGUUUAAACAAAAUUUUAAUUUAAAAUAGCGACGAAUCCUAAUUUAAUAUCAUCGGAAGUGAUUUCAUGUGUUACAUAACACGCGACUUCAAGUGCAAUACGGCAAAAAGACAGCGAAACAUGGAGGAGGCAACAUAAUGGUAUGACGACUGUUUUUCUGCUGCUUUAGUUGGCUCAUUGUUCAAAAUUAAUUAAAUAAUGGAUGGAUUUAUCUAUAGAGACAUCUUGGAAAGAGUAAUUCUUCCAAAUGCUGAGUAUAAUAUGCCUUUUCAAUGAGUUAUUCAGCACGAUAACGACCCCAAGCACUCUUCACAUGUUAAAUCGUGGUUAGCACAAGAAAGAGUUUCGGUAAUAUAAUGGCCACCACAAUUUCCAGAUCUAAACCUUAUAUGGGAGCUAUGAUCAAUUACGGACCGAUCAUCAUGAAAUUAGGUGAUUUAUGAUGAUUUUUGUGUGUCUUUUACGGUCUUAUAUGGAGGCUAUGAUUAAUUAACGAAAUAUCUUCAAAAUUGCGACCUGUGCUUUGCGCACAAGGUUUACAUGGACAUUCAGCCAGCCAGACGGACGGACAUCGUUUAAUCGAUUCAGAAAGUCGUUCUAAGUCGAUCGGUAUAAUGACGUUACAAACAUCUGCACAAACGCAUAAUACCCUCCCCACUAUGGUGGUGUAGGGUAUAAGAAGUUACUGAUUAAAUACAUAGUUUGACGUUUUAGGGGUAAACAUUGGAAACUCUCUCUAAUAAUUGUACCUAGUAACUGAUUGUAUAAGGAUAUAUGAAUAAUUAAAUAAAAAAUCUGUUCAUUAUCAUCAUCAGGUCACAUUUUUAAUGAAAUACUUAUUUUUUUAAAGUUUGAUUUGUUUCAAAAUCGCCCCACAAAAUAUGGAAAAAUUACACGAAAAGCGUAAAAUGGCAACACUGAAUUCAACACCCUUGUGAGAGAUGUAAACCAAUCAAAAGUCUCGAAAUUUUAACCGGAAAUUGUAGAUUAAAUAUAGAUCACAACACGUUAAAUAAUUAACACACAUUAUUUCUUAUUUUUUUAAUACAUUUGACACCACUUCAUCAAUUCCGAAUCACGUUAUUGUUGCACAAACUGGAAAAUAUUUUUUAAAUUUAUUUUUGACAUUUUAUUAUAGAAAAAAAUUUAAAGAAAAUAAGAUUUAAACAUUUUUAUGGAACUCUGGUGAAAAUUAAAAAGACACCAAUACAACCUCAAAACUAUGUACUAAUACAUUCUCACGACUAAGGUUUUUUCGCUCUCAGUAACGCUUCUAUCCAUGAAACAAAUAUACAACGUAGUCUCACAAAAUAAAACUAUCUUCCACAAAUAAUGCUUGCUAUCUUUUACAUAAAAAAAUAGUUGAAUAACAAAACAAAACUUAUAAAAUCAAUUCAAAAUUCAAUAAAAUCAAAUGAGUUGGAAAUGAAUUACUAAUUCCUUUUUCUAAUUCAAAAUCAAUUCAAAUUAAUUGCAAUUCAAUUUGACAAAUUCAUUUGAAUUAGAAACGAAUUCUACAAAUUCAUCUGAAUUGGAAACGAAUUUCAAAUCAUUUUUACCAAAUUCAUUUAAAUUGACUCAAAUUUCAUUCAAAUAAUUUUUGUGUGUGAAUGAUGUGGGAUGAUUCGCGAAUUAAUUCAAAAAUUAAUGAUUCAUUUACAGCUCUGAUCACCAUAUACUCGUGAAAUUAGAUGUCGAAUGUAGUAAAAAUACGUACUUAGUUCAAAUCUACAAAUUUUCUUUUUUUUUAUAGGACUUACAAUUUUUUUUUUUUCAUUUUAUACAUCUGAAAGAAUUGCGACCGUAUUCAGAAAAGCUUACAAUGGUUUGUGGAUUUACUUAAAAGUAUUACAACUAAAUAAAGAACCUACUAAUAUCAAAGUAUUAAUGAAAAGUUGUCUUAGUUUUUACCUAACAGCUCCAGUUUUAAAGAUAUAGUGACAUUUAUUAUUUAUAUAAUUUACACCAGUAAUUCGCGAGCGGCCUUCCGAGCCAUAACAUACAUUCUGGAUUAUGAAUCACCUCAAAAAUCUCUUUCAAUUGAGUAGAGUCAUAUUAUUGAACAUGUUGAAAUUCUUGUGUUUUUGGUUUAGUUAUUAAAACUUUUUUUUGUAAAUUUUCUGAAAUCAAAAUAACUGAUCGUUAUGUAUUUUUGUCGACUGAUUACGAACAUAAAAAUAGUUUUUUUCUACCACCUCUUGUUUUAGAGGUAUUGUGCAUUAAUUGAAAAAAAAAUACUUUAAAUUUCCCUUUUUAAGUCCAUCCAAAAUAAUUAGGUUUUUAUGUAAAAUUUUUCAUUAAUAACAUAAUGGCUAUGAAGAAAAGACGUUGUUAGUGAGGAGCAACGUGAAAGAUUUCACCAAGAUAUACUAGUAAUAGAGGAACGAUAUCAAGAAAGAUGGUACCAUGAUGGCCGAUUACAGCUGGAAUCUUUGUCGGGCUCUUAAGCUGGCUCUUUAUUCAAGAAAAUCUUAUAAGAGAACAUUUUAAACUUAAUCUAUCUAUUUGACUCUGUAAAAUAAAUUCGUACAAAAUAUUUAAUUUUUAUGUGAUGAUAAACAUUUUUGGUUGCUAUUUAAAUAAGUAGAAAAUUAGAUAAAAUGUGAAGUUGCUUUCUAAAUAUUUCAGGACCCUUUCAAUGGAUGUAAAAUUGUUUACUUAAAAUUUUAAAUCCAUUGUCUAGUUUGUGCAUACAUAAAAAAUUUUUUUAAAAAAAUUUAAGUUUUCAAAGUUUUAAUAACUAACCUAAAAGAACAUAAUUUUGAAUAUUCUUGGAAUACAACUUAGAUAUCCUGAUAUACUAACCCAUGUGACUAUACUCAAAUGAAAGAGAUUUGUAUGUGAAAUAUUAAGCGAAUAAUACAAAAAAUUAUGUAAAUCAUGCAAAUAUUAAAUGUUCUAUAUCUUUUCAACUACAGCUGCUAGGAAAAAACGCCAUCGUAAUCAGCACUCUCAAUUUAAUAAAAAACAAUGGACAGAAGUCUGGAAAAUUUGGGAGUGUUGACCAGUGUUAUCACUCUUUAAUUACAAAAGAGUCUUAGUGAUUAUUUAGCAAAUUUCUUAUUAUUUCAUGUGUAGACGUUCUGCAUUUAUCAUUAAAUGCUUUUGUUCUUAACUACCUCUGAAUGCAAAUUCCCAUCACGUAUAUUUAUAUUAUGCGAUGUGACAAAUUCUUCACUGAUUGUCAUUGUAUCCAGUUUUGGUAGUCCAAACAAAACCAAUUUAAAAUUUGUAGCAUCUUUUAUUUCAUGAGUAUAAAACUGGAAUCUAUUGUCCUAUGGUGCUAUAGCCCCAAAGAUUUCUUCUCUUUUGAGCAAACAUUGACGAUUUUUACAAUUUUGCUUUCUGAAACUCCAGAUGUAAUGUAUAAAUUUUUCUUCGCAAGCAAUGACUCAAUGCAAAAUCGUUUUACAAAAUCGUCAUUCAAGGUCUCUCAGCUUCAAUGCGUAUGGUACUCAAUUUCCCUGCUUUUGAUUGAAUCCUGCUGCUUGCUAAAGUUUUCUUCCCGCAUAUGACGCUUUGUUGGCACAAAAUUCGACAUUUUCGAAGCAAAAACAAACUUUGUUGUUUACACUAUAAUGUUCAAUAACUAAGUGAGAAUAAAUGACAGAUAUCUACUCUUCAAAAUGACAUAUAUUUUAAAAUAAAUGGCUCCCGUUGACUCAUAAGCCAAAUCACGGAUCAUAUUUUAACCGUAGGGUUCUCAGAUUUUGUAUAAGUUAUAUUUAUUUUUUAAUGUACAUUUUACGUUGUCGAAUAGAUGGUAAACGAAAUCCACACUAAUCAAUUUGAAGAAGAAUAAAUGCCAAAUAUUUUGUUUUCAUUUAUCACUCAAAUGUUAUGAUACGUACUUUUGAUUUAUGAAAAUCAUGCACAUGUUGAUACGUCGUUUAGAAUUAUGGAUAUAAAAUCGUUAUUUUUGGACACAGACGUCCAAAAAUUUGUAGAGGGUAAAAAACAUGAUUUUGAUUAUUUUCAUGAUACGAACUUUUGGAUUUUCGACGACGUUAUACAUAUGGGGGAUUUCAUGCCAAGUGAACCACUGAAUUACUUAAACCCUCUUAAAUGGACCUAAGCUUUCUUUUGAACAAAAAAAAUUAAAAAAGUGCAAUUUUGGACAAAAAAAGUUAGAUUUUGCAAAAAUUUCGGUAAAAUAUUUAGCAUUUCCACUUUUGCAUAAGGGUAGUGUAAAAUGAAAAACAAUUGUCUUCGUUAAUUUUUAGUUGAUAAAGAUUGUGUAUGUUAGUGUGUUGUAUAUGAUCCAGUUAUAAAUCAUUAGAAUAAAUAUUUUAUCUAUUAAGUGUAAAUUGUUAAAACAUACAAACAUAAUAAUUAAUAAAUUAAUUUAAACACCCUCGUCGUUCCCUAUAUUUCAUUGUUUUCUCAAAUUUUGUAUAUGUACAAGGAGUAGUAAUAUAAAUAUAUAUAAAUUAGUUUAAAACAAAAAUAAUACAAAUACUAUAUUUGAGUAGUUUAGCAUAGAUUAUAAAUAAGAUUAAGUUGUAGUUUUGUAAUGUAAGAAAGAAAGGCACUGUGCUAUAUAUUGAUAAAUAUAAAUAAAUACUAUAUAUAAAAACAUGAAUAAUAAUUGAAACACACAAAUUAACGAAUGAUUUUGUUGUAUAAAAGUGUACUAUGUUUAAUUUAAUAAUUUGUAUGUGUUACGUAUUGUAAUUUAGUAUUUUUUUAAAUAAAUAUUUUAAAUUAAUAUAAUCGUAAAAAACACAGAAACACAUCUUUAAAAUUAAUAAUAACAAUAAAGCAAAGCUUAUAAUAAAUAAUUAAAAAAAUAAAAAAAAUAUGUAAGCCAUUUUAAACCAAA